AUUCAUCUUAUAAGUUUGUUUUACUUUUUCCUUUCCUUCGAGUAUUCUUUAGUACAAGAAUCAACCCCAGUCCAACUGCUUGCAAACUUGUCAUUAUAAAUAAAGACCUGCUUGCUUUGAAGAUUAAAUYUGACGCGGGCACAAUAGUUUCAAUCAUCAAAUAUCAAAUUCCUCCUCUCGCGUGAAAUGAGAAAACUACGGGUUGACAAACACUUGUGAUCAUACUGAGCACUGAGUUUUAUAAGUGAUUACUUAAGCACUGAAAACCCUUCGUAGUAGAGACAGAGAAAUUCCCUUUAUUACACCUGUAUUGUUUAGAUUUCCGCGGGGGCCUGUUUAUAACCGAACAACAAGGUUCGCAGUACGGAGCUUCGCACGGAAGUCCCUCAACUGAAAUCCGAGUAUCUUCCUGUUAUACCUUUAAACACCUACACUGAAUCGCCGCCAAGGAAAAAGAAACCUGAUAAAGAUAUAUUCUUUAUUGCCUGAUUUUAUAACAGCACUACUAUGAGUUUUGGUUGGCUUUUGCAAGUUUGUGCAAGUUCUAGCGCACCGAGAGAACUGUCUCUUUCGUCAACGAUCAUUUCGUUGGUUUUGUCUCUGGUAGCUUCCCCAAGUAACUUUCUUUUCUGUUUAGCCAUGUAUAAAGAUCCUCACAAGAAUCUCAGGACGCCAUUUAAUAUUUUUAUCCUCAACAUUGCAGCUGCCGAUUUCGUCCAAGGCUCCGCAGUUCUUCCUUUAUCUGCGGCCUUCCACGGGUUGGAAGGAGUCGGGAAGUUUUCACCACAGUUACUAAGAGCGUUGCACUUGUUUUUCUUCAUCUCUUGUACGGCGUCUAUCAUUAGUAUUGCUGCGUUGGCAGUUGAUCGUUGUAUUUCAGUGUCGUAUCCCUUGAAAUACAGGUCAAAGUCAACUUACUCUAGAUCUAUUCGAAUAUCUAUCAUAAUCUGGUUCAUCUCGGCUGGGCUGUCAUUUCUCUACCUACAGGUGGAUUUCAUCUUGUACAUUUUCGUAUUUGUCAACAGCGUGAUACUCCUAACCGUUAUCAUUCUGCUCUUCGUUCAAUUCUGGAUCGGCAGGCGCCUGAAAAAGAAUCGCGAAAGGCGGGAAUUCCGACGACCGUCAUUGACGAACAGUAUCGCGAGCAUGCACGGGAGAAAUUGGAACAAAAUGGUUAAAAGAGACGCGAAAGUGACGAGGACAUUUUUUUCUAUUCUGAUGUUGUUUCUCCUCCUCAUGGCUCCUUCUUUCAUUUUUGCUUAUCUCCUCAAUUUCUGUCCUUCGUGUGAUUGCGUUUCGUACCAUGUUUUCAGAGACUUACAUUUCCUUUUCGUUCUGUUUCCAAGCUCGGUCAACCCUUUUUUAUUUGGUUGGCGUCUGCCGCACUUUAGGCGAACCUUACGUACUAUMAUCUCAAGAAGAUCAAGAAAUGUUGGUCAGGAUCGUAGCGCGGGGCAGCAACUGGAAUCGUCCACCUUUGAGGAAGAUAACAGUUGCAAGUUUUACAGAAUUGUAAAUACUAAUUGUAGUAGUGCGCAUAAGAUAUUUGUUAUUCGUAGAUCGAAAUGCGGGCAGUGGAGCCCAGCACGCGAUCCGGUCUGUGAUAACAUUUUAAAUGGCACAAAUAAAACAACAGAUGGAGUGUUAAACAAGAGUUACCAAAGAUACCCAGAAAAAGAAAUGUCUGACCUGCCAGAACCGCAAGAUUUGCCACCAGAGGCAUCAGAUACGGGCAUCGCAAGGGAUUACCGUUUGACUUCUGCCGACCUACUCACUGUGCAAAUGGAUUCCUCUUUUUGAAAUAGUGGUUUUAAAAAUAUAAUAGUGAAAUGUGAACUACGACAAGAGACGUGAUACAU